AAGUCGGCGGCGGCCGCCAGCGGGCCUGCUCUCCUCCAUCAUCAGAACCAGCGUGUUCUAUCGCGUACGCAGAACACGGGGCAGAAACAGGAGUUGACAGAGAAAGGGCGUCGUUCUGCUGAACGCCGCUGCUCCCUGUCUCGUGGUGCUCUCCAGGCGGCCUUCUGUGUCAUCUGUGUUGCGCCGUCUGGUCCAGACGUCCGUGCCAGGCUGUGAGGAAACCGCUGCCUUUUAUACUUUUUCCCGUCCCCGCGGUCUGCGGGCUGUCCGGCCAGGGUUUCAGCUGGGUGCCACGGAGAAGAAGAGGAGGAGAAGAGGAGACGGGGAGAGGAGGAGAAGGAGACGGGCAGCAGUGUCGGAGACAGAAAGCAGCACAGCACAGCACAGCACACCGCCACCAUUGCUACCAUGGCUUUCUUCCACAUGCUUGUCUCGUCCGCCGGCGUCCUGGUGUCGCCCCUCUGGCUCGUGCCGCAGAUCUACUUCUUUGCCCUGUGCACGUUGCCGCUGCGGACGCUGCGGACAGCCCUCUCCCUCGUGGGACUCCGUCUGCGGCCGCAGCUGCUGGCCGAGUUCGCCAUCGUGCUCUACCAGUACGUCGCCGUGGCGUUUGUGCUUGGCGCCGCCGCCGGCGCCGCCAACUGGGUGCUGUUCUGGCUCGUCAGCGGCGCCUUCACGUGGAUCGACCAGCAGCUGCGCUUCGACACGGGGUCCAUUGUGUCCUGGGUGGUCGGCCUGGGUCCGACGCUGCCGCCACAGCAGCCCGCAGCGGCCCCCGGGCCCGCCAGAACCAAGCACAAGUACGAGAAACACCCCUGCAGGGCGCCGCCGGCGGCCACGGCGCCGCCAGCCACCCCCGACACGACCACCGACACCACGGCCGCAACACCGGCAACACCACCUGCCUCCGAGCCCGUCGUCCCCGUCUCCGUCCCGGUGGUGCCUGAUCCGGCCCCCGCUGCCGAGCCUGCUGCCCCCGCUGCUGCUGCUGCUGCUGCUGCCGCCGCCGCCACGUCUUCAACACCCCCGGCGUUGCCCGACAGACCUACACUGCCGCAGCGGGACGAGACCGUGCUGUCCUCCGUCCGACACACCGUCACCAGCCAGACCCGGCCCCACUCCGAGGACGCCGGCACCCGCCGCUCCCGGGCGUCCGCCCGGCCACCGUCCUACGACGCCGACACCACGGCCACCACGGCCACCGGCGUCUCCCACAGCACCGUCUCCGCCACCACCAACAGCUCCUUCGAAGACGACCACCCAGACAGCCCUUCUUAUAAGCACAACGACGGCCCCGACAGGGCCUGAGCGCCGAAAAAAAGCUCAGCACCUCUGCGCACCCCUGAGCCGCCUGCCGCUAUCUUGGCGACGUCUUGAGGCGCCGCCACCGGGGAAGCAGAAGACGGCUCUCUGUCUGCACCAGGUCCAGCAGCACCA